AUGACUGAUGGAAGCGAAGUUGAGCAGGGCUGUCUGGACGAGCCACAUAUCAGGAGAGCCCUCUCUAAAAGGACCAAAGUAAAACGAAAUCACACCGAGAGCGGCAAGUCAUUGCAACCUGUCGGCGCAAAUGCACCACUCUCGCGGCUAGGAAUCACGCUCCUGGAGCUGAGCUUUGGGGUGUCGCUGCAAUCGCAGGAGCUGAGGAAGAGCGUGCCGAGCGGGGACAUGGAGCGGAUGCGCGACCUGUUCGAUACAACGGCCGCGUGCGAAUAG